GAAUUGUGUCCUCAACUACUGCCAGUCCGGAUGUAGUUCCAGACGAAACUGAGACGGCACUUGUUGCAGUAACGGAGGACAAUGCUGGACUGGAUUCCUUGUCGCUCGUUCCAUUUUUUGACGCAGGCGCGCACGCACAAGCAGCUAUUCGUGCUUUCGGCCGUUUUCGCAACCCAGACGAGAUGACGAAAGCGCUUGCGAGUAAUUACCCCGCAGAUUGGUGGGCGUUUGAUGGGUCUCCUUCCUCGUGGCCCGCCUUUUCGGUGGUGAUGGUCCGCGUCGGCCGUUGCGGCACGCCUUCUCACGUGCGCGCCGAGAUGCUACAAAAGCAGCGACUGACAUCAGGUGAUGUGCGGCAGCAACGGACGCCGGGAACGUCCGGCUUCGGUGACAUUUUCGAAGUGCUGCGAGAAUCUACAGACUUCUGGAAUCCGCUGGAAAAUUGCUACCGCGAGGAUGCGGACACUGCGAAGGCGCUCGCAGCGAUCCGCGCCGCAACCGCUGAAAAACGGAUUGCAGAAACGGGCAUGGACGGCACGCACUUUGGGUACAUAUGGCGCGAAGUGACCAUCCCGCCUGGGCGUCUCUGGUUUGUAAAGCCGCUUUUCGGGGACCAGAAAGUUGACCGUGCGGACGCCGCGGUCGUUACUCCGAUCGAAGCGGCUCCAGUUUAUGCGACUUGCCGCCACUGGCCUGUCCGCGGGAUCUCUGCUGCGGCAGGGCUGUUUCGUCGCUGCAUCGUCCUGGGUCACGUUCCGGCAAACUCGCUCGGGUACGUUAUGCGGGGGACAAAUUCGAACGUAAGUUCUUCGACGGCCAUUCGGUUGUACGAGGCUUUUCUCACCAUGCGACAGGACCAAGCGAUGAACGAAGUCGCGAGGGAAGACGAAGCGCAGGGAGGUCCGUUGGAGAAUCAGCUGUACAGCGAGGAGGACUUCUCGCCUGGCGAGGUCAUGCCAUUCGACCCAGACGCCCAUCAUGGCAAUGGCGUAGAAAUUUUCCGGCUUCCGGAAUCAGUGCGUUCGCAAAUUCGAGCGCAAAGCGGGGCGAAGCAGGAGAGGGACCUGGUGCAGCACCUGCAGCAGCUUUUCGCGCACGGCAGGCACAUAGUCCGUGGGCGCAAGGGCAUCCGGCGGGAGGAGGCCGCGGCGCGGCCGCUUCAGGGCGUCACCAUCGGUGCAACGACCAAGCUGUUCGACAAGACCUACCGGAGCCAGCUUAGCCGCUUCACGAAGCAUCCGCGCGGCCAGUGGUUUGCGCAUCUGCUGAAUUCGUACCACGCCAAGCUGUGGAGUGGGGUCAAGCCGUCGGUGACGACUAAAACUCUCAAGCGAGCGCGCCGGCAAGAACAGGCACGGUUGCUGUCCAUGGCAAGGAAGUACACAUCAAUCACAAUCAACGCCAGCAUCCAGACCAAACUGCACAGGGAUCGCGGCAAUGUGCCGGGUCUAUACAGUAUGGCGAUCUGCCUGGGAACCUACACUGGCGGCCGAAUUUUCGUUGCCUCGGACGACACGAAGGGUGCCAACCUUCCUCCGCCGCGCCGGAUAGAUGGCUCUCGUGCCGUUGGCGAGGCGGGGACGCUCGACGGAACGGCUGGCACAUUCUUCGACAUUAACCACACUGCACUUCUAUUCUCGGGCGGCGUCUUGCACGGCACCGAGGCUUUCGUGGGGAAGCGGUUUUGCCUCGUGUUUUACAACUACAACAGUGUUUACAACAGCGUCACGAUUGGAGAUCCAGAUGGUGAGGCAGCACGAGCAAAGUUGUUGGAAGACCUGCGAAGAGCCGGAGUUCCUGCGCCGUCUGUGCAAGAAAUCGACGGCAAGUCCGUGGUCGAGAGUGUUUCGGAUAGUGAAGAGGACGAAGUUGUCAUUUUGUCGGACUCUUCGGACGACAAUGCACAGACAAAGCGCACGCAUUCCGAAACUGAGGGCGCGAGCAAAACAAAAGCGAAAAAAGACACGAAGAAAAGCGGCACGAGUAAAACUCAAAAAACCUCUUCAGGAGAAGUGCCCGAAGUUGCAGCUGUCAAGGCACCUGGCGCUGGGGCACAAUUGCACUCGCACGAGGACUUUGACGAUGAGCGAGCGGAUCCAUGGAUCAAGGUUAACAGCUUUGGCGACGUGCCAGAUUCUGCGCAGCGCGUCUACCUAGACUUUUUGUCGAGUGCUCUGCUCGAGCAGUACGGAGAGCCAGGGGCGGGAACAAAUAGGCAGGGACAGGAGGAGCCCCUGCCGCUAGUGAAUGACUAAAAUGACCGCACCUGCAGGAAGCGACAGAAGGUGUUGGCAAUCCAUCGAGUCAACAAGUGCGUUUUUAUCUGAACCGAGAACUUGCUAUCAAUCGCCCUUCCGCGUCGACAGUUACUGAAAACAUCAUCAACGUCCCCGCACCUCAAUAUGUUUUGAUAUCGUUUUUCCAUCUAGUGUGCCGUCCUCAGCUCAGGUUACCUGGAAG